GAGACUGACCACCAUGUUUGACGAAGAAAAACUAAGAGGAGCUUAAUAUUCCUUCCACAAAACUCCAUCAAAAAUAAAAAUAAAAAUAAAAAAGAACUUGUUCUGAUCUGAGGUGCGAUAAUUUGCGGUGUGGAGGGAUAAAAAACGAGAAAGACAACGGUGAAGGUUGAAACGCUGAAACUCUCAAAGUGUUGAAGAUUGAAGAACAGAGAGAAAGAAAGAGAGGCAGAUCUGAACAUCAAGAUGAUGUCAGGCAAAUACACUACCAUUGAUAACCAGCCAGGAUCUGUUCCUGCGGUUCCAGAUUCAGGCCAUGUCGCUGUUAAGUUCGCCGAUUCAAAUCUCCAGACAUUUCCUCCGUCUAGCGCACAGGGCAAGAUUACCGGUGGUUCCAGGCCUCCUCGUGAUGCCGAUGAUACAUUUUCAAAACCUGGAUCUGGUGGUUCUUCAGAUGAAUCCCAGCAGAGUGGGUGGUUAAGACGUAGAGGAACUUUUACUGAAAAAACUGCUAGCAACCCUGAUUUGUAUGGACCUUUCUGGAUUUGUACCACCUUAAUAUUUGUAGCGGCAUCUAUGAGCACAUUUGUGACAUAUAUAUCACACAAGCUGAAGCACGAGAAAUGGGAAUAUGACAUUAAUCUUGUGUCCUGGUCUGCUGGUUUGUUUUAUGGUUAUGUUACCAUAGUACCACUUUGUCUAUAUGUAAUUCUCAAGUACUUCUCCGUGCCAGCUGGCAUUGUCCAAUUACUCUGUCUAUAUGGAUAUUCCCUGUUUGUCUUUAUUCCGGCUCUGUGUAUGUCCAUUGUGCCUCUGGAGAUAUUUAGAUGGGUGAUUGCAGCUGUGGCUGGGUUAAUGUCAGCGACAUUUCUGGCGCUUAAUCUCCGGGCACAUAUCGUAUCGGCAGGUGAAAGGUGGUUCUUAAUUGUUGCUGGCAUUUUUCUGUUGCAGCUGGCUUUAGCCGUUGUACUAAAGGUUUACCUCUUCACAGUAUCAGUUUGACAGGAAUCUGGAUAGUGUCAAUGAAAUAUAAUUCACAGAUUAAAAAUCAUGUAUUCAUUCAUUUGUGCAAUAUAAAGGCGAAUAACUUGUGAUUUUCGGAACUACAAGCAUUUGUCUUAGACAUUGCAAGGUGUAAUACACUGCAACUACACAAAUUAUUCGACAGAUAAUAUACCAGCUCAUUUGUAAUUUGUAAACAGUUUUCGCAAAUGCUGGUUCGGCACAGUAAGCACUUAAUGUAGUGGAAACUGGAGUGAAGACGAUAUAGACAUUUAGCACAUUUUCAAA